CAGAUAUCCGACGAGCACCGCACUGAGAUACAGGACUGCUUCCAGCUCUUUGAUAUGAACAAGGACGAAGAGCUCGACUUCUCCGAGUUCCGCUACGCCCUGCAAUCCCUGGGUUUGGGCCAGAUACCGCGGCCGGAGCUCAUCGCCAAAUUCCAGGACAGGGGAAGAGCCCGGCCGGACUGGACUCCUCUACCUUCAAUACCAGGCCAGCCGCCUCCGUCACAAAUACCUGUCACAGCCGACUUGAGACUGCCGAGAGAAGGAUUUCUUGCCAUAGCUGCAGAGUACAUGGCGCAACGCGACCCAAGAGAAGAGUUACUCCGGACCUUUGGCAUGUUCGACAAGGGCGGCAAAGGGAUAAUAACCCUGGACGACCUGAGGAUUGUCGUCAAAGAAUUAGGAGAAGACAUCCCAGAAAACGAAAUGCUCAACAUGAUAGAGCAGUUCGACAUCGAGGACAAGGGGGGCGUGAAUCGGGAAGAGUUUCUGGGCAUCUUCUUG